AUGGCCGACUUUGAGGACUCCGCCGCUCGAUACGAAGAUGACCGCGGAUAUGAACGUCGCGAUCGAUCAGCCUCACCUCGUGGUGAUCGAGAUGAUCGCAACCGCAGCCGAUCUCCAAAUGGCCGUGAACGACCUCCCCCUCCGCCCUCGGAUACUCGAAUGAAGGAUGCUGAAGAUGACGCGGCCAACACUGGCUCGAACCUCUUCGUCACUGGAAUUCACCCCCGACUUACCGAAGCCGAUGUCUCCCGCCUUUUUGAGAAGUACGGUGAUGUGGAAAGCUGCUCGAUCAUGCUCGACCCUCACACCAAGGAAUCUCGUGGAUUUGGAUUCGUCAAGAUGGUGUCGAUCGAGCAAGCUGAGGCUGCCAAGGAAGGGUUGCAAGGCGAGGUCAUUGAAGGCCGCACCCUGAGCAUCGAGAAAGCCCGCCGUGCACGUCCUCGUACCCCCACACCAGGAAAAUACUUCGGGCCUCCCAAGCGUGGUGACUUCCGUGGCCCACCCAGGGGUGGCUACCGUGACCGCUAUGACGACCGUCGUGGAGGCUACCCACCUCGCCGUGACGAUUACCGUGGUAACUCCCGGUACGAUGACUAUGAUCGACGCGGCUACGGAGGCGGCAGACGUGACAGAGACGACGGUUAUGGCGGAUACGGCGGCCGAGGCAUAGAUCGAUAUGAAAGCCGACGAGACGACGGUUACUAUGGUGGUCGUGGAGAUCGACGUGGCUACUACGACCGCAAUGAAGAACGUGGCUAUCCUCCUGCUGCACGCGACGAACCUCCUCGUGAGUACGCUGGCGGUCGAGACUACACUCGUGAGGACCGUUAUGCCGCCAGGUAA